AAACGCCCUCUAAACCGCACGCGAACCGAGCCCCGCGCCCGCGCGGCGCCACCGCACGGCAUAAUGCGCUGCGCGCCACCGCUCUCCCACCGCGACUUCGUCGCCGUCCUCACGCGCUGCUCCACCCGCGCGCACCUCGAGCAGCUCCACGCCCACGCCUUCGUCGCCGGCCGCGCCGCCGCGCAGCCCACCACCUUCCACCUCCUCCGCUUCGCCUCCAUCCGCCUCUCAUGCCUCCCCUACGCGCGCCGCCUCUUCGACGCCACGCCCCACCCCAACGUCUUCCUCUACUCCGCCAUACUCUCCGCCUAUGUUUCCGCCUCCGCCGCAGCCUCCUCGCCCGCGCACGCCCGGGACGCCCUCGCUCUGUUCCUCCGCAUGCUUCGCCGCGGCCGCCCGGCCCCCAACCAGUUCGUGUACCCGCUCGCGCUCCGCGCCGCCUGCGCCGUCGGCGUCCUCCUGGUCAGAUCGAUCCAUUCCCACGCCUGCAAGAGCGGCUUCUACGGGUACGAUGUCAUAAAGACCUCGCUCCUCGAUGGGUACUCGCGGUACGGGAUGAUGGCCGACGCGCGGAAUCUGUUCGACGGUUUAACCGAGAGGAACGUGGUCUCUUGGACUGCGCUGGUGUCCGGGUACGCAAGGGCCGGGAAGGCUGGGGAUGCGAUCGUACUGUUUGAGUGGAUGCCGGAGAGGGACGUGGCUGCAUGGAACGCAGUGAUCGCUGGAUGCGCGCAGAAUGGAUUGUUUGUGGAGGCAGUGGGGAUUUUCGGGAGGAUGGUGGGCGAGGGGUUCCGGCCGAAUGCAACCACAAUUUCUUGUGCGCUAUCUGCAUGUGGGCAUCUCGGUAUGCUGAAGAUCGGGAAGGUGAUCCAUGGGUACGCAUGGAGGACCUGUGUUGGUUUUGGUUCAUCUGUUGUGAAUGGGUUGAUCGAUAUGUACGGUAAAUGUGGGAAUUUGAAAGGGGCAAGAUGGAUGUUCGAUGAGGUUUCAGACAGGGGCCUGAUCACGUGGAAUUCUCUGAUCAAUUGUCUUGCAUUACAUGGGCACAACAAGUGUGCAAUUUCGGCGUUUAAUGCGAUGAGGGAUGAAGGGGUUGAACCUGAUGAGGUCACUUUUGUUGGACUGCUGAAUGCUUGCACUCAUGGAGGGUUCGUUGAUGAAGGCCUUAGAUACUUCGAACUGAUGCAUCAUGAGUACGGAAUUGAACCAGAGAUUGAGCAUUAUGGGUGUAUUGUUGACCUUCUUGGUCGGGCAGGCCGGUUUCAGGAUGCGCUGAAUGUUAUCAACAGCAUGAGGGUUGAAUCAGAUGAAGUCAUUUGGGGGUCAUUACUGAAUGCCUGUAGAAUACACAGACAGCUAGAACUGGCUGAGCUUGCUGUCAGAAAAUUGCUGGAGUUGGAUCCAAAUAAUGCUAAUUAUGUGGUGAUGCUGGCAAAUGUAUACAGUGAAGGUGGCUUCUGGGAAGAGGUGAGGAAGGUAAGGAAUCUCAUGAAGGAGGAGACUACAGGCAAGAAGCUUCCUGGUUGUAGCUGGAUCGAGGUGGACUCCAAGACACACCGGUUUUUCUCUGGUGAUGAUGCUCAUCCUGAGACAGAGGUUAUAUAUGACACUCUUGAGGAUUUAGCAGCCUCAAUGGAAAUCUGACAAAAUAUAGUGCCAAUUAACCAUAUUCUCAGAAGCUUAAUAGUUGAAUAACUUUCAUAGUUUGGCUUCUACAGUGGAAAGUCACGGGCUUAACAUAUAUUCUGUUAACAAAGUGGGCUAAAUUAAACAUUUGACCUAGUCGACAAAUUUACAUUUGGAGGCAGACACGAAGAUUUUCCAUUGAAGCCAAGCUACUUACACAAAUUUACAUCAUGGCAAGAGCUACAGCAAGAGAUCCAGAUGAGAAUGGAACAUGGAAAAUAAUCUAACAAUAUAUGUGAAGAGCCUUGCAAUUGCUGAUAAUUGCAAGACAUCUGUACAGCGAGUAAAAAGGAAAGAUGAUGAGAGAAGCUGAAUAUUAACUGAAGAACAAAUAAAAAUACUUGUCCAUGCAUUUCCACUUAUCGAUAUAGCAUGUAAUUCAAUAUUUUUAGCUUACUCAUUUUGCAGAGUUCCAUUGCAGAAUGCUUAGUAUUUUGUAUUCUGUACAUAGCAAGAAGCUUUAAACUAGCAGCCGGGAAAGCUAGUUGGGGCAAUGGAAAGCUCCCUUAGUCAGUUGAAUAUAUGAUGGGAGUUGGAAUCAGUUGUACAUCCCCUGGUCUUAACAACAUUAUGGACUCGUUCCCAGCCUUAGAACAUGUCUCCACAACUUGGUGAAAAAGUGAUUCUAUGAAGGAACAGACCAAGGCCAUGGAUAUGUUAUGAGAUGCUUGCAAUUUCCAUAUCUUCCAACUCGUAUAUUGUGUCACGUGGCAGGAUCAAGGGGGAAACAUGGACAGAUGAGUGCCAUACGUUGCCAUUGCAACCCAGUCAGAGAAAAGGGUGGGUAAAAAAAAGAUGGUGCAGGUUAUAGAAACAAGCAUACAAGGUACAAUUAAAUGGACCAACAAUUUGAAAAGGAGAAUAAAAGCACGCUAUCGACUUGGUCUGGAAUAAUUCCAAUGCAGUGCAAUACCUCACCAUGUAAUUCGAACGGUAUAUGUCACCCUGAUCGUCCAUAAGCAGAUAAUUUUUUUUUAAAGUUUCAGUGCUUUUAUCCCGUUCAAAGGCAGGCUGAGUGACUGGAGUGAUAUGUAGUCAGGUCUUAUCUCAGCAGUAUUAUCAGGAUUCAGGGCUCCUUAUUUAUGAGUUGAUUUUGGUGUUCCAUUCAAGGAGUAGGAUGGAUUCCGUGUUUCCAGUUCAAAACAGCAUAAAAGAGACAUGUACAAAGCAGGGAUGCCGUAAAGAUUCUGCAGAGAUGGUCGUGGGCUCAUGGCAACCAUCGACGGGCCACGAUGGUGGAUCAUAAACUUCGGAACACGGCGGGAUAUGCCUUACUUGGAGCAAUUUUCUAAUGCAUGGAAGCACUAGUCUGUAUUACCAGCCUUUCUUUUUGGACGAAUAUUACCAGUCUUUCUUAGAACGAAAAAGAGAGGGAGCAAUAUGUAUGGAAACCGCUGGAUGAACCAUCCGUGCAAA